AUGUGCGGCUCGAAAGGGGGACCGCCGGUGACCUCACCGAGAGUGAGACUCGAUGACGGGAGGCAUUUGGCGUACAAGGAAAGGGGUGUGGCCAGGGAAAUAGCCAAACACAAGAUUAUUAUCGCUCAUGCCUAUGCCGACUCUAAAUACUUCAACUUUCAGAUUUCUGAUGAAGUCCUUAAGGAGCUGCAGAUAUGCAUCGUAACAUUUGAUCGUGCAGGCUAUGGCGAAAGUGAUCCAAAUCCUGGACGGUCAGUGAAAAGUGAAGCGUUUGAUAUUCAAGAACUAGCAGAUAAGCUGCAACUUGGCCCAAAGUUUUACGUGAUGGGCCUCUCUAUCGGAGCAUAUGCAGUUUACGGUUGCCUAAAGUACAUCCCACAUAGGUUAUCAGGAGUUGCCCUUGUGGUCCCCUUAACAAAUUUCUGGUGGCCUUGCUUUCCCGACAAGCUAUUCAGGGACGCCUUAAACGGGCUUCUCGUUGCUCAACGGUGGACAUAUCGAGUGGCCCAUUAUGCCCCGUGGCUAGUCCACUGGUGGAUGACCCAAAGCUGGCUUCCAUCCUUAAGUAGCCUCGUGGGAAAGCCUGAUCCAUUCAGCCGUUCGGACUUAGAGAUCCUCGAGCAAUUGGCUAGUAAAGCUCCAACACCAGGUCAGGGGAUGGAGACACAGCAAGGCCUGCACGAGUCUUUGCAUCGGGACCUAAUGGUGGCGUUUGGGAAAUGGGAUUUUGAUCCGACGGAUAUUAGAAAUCCUUUUGUGGACGGCGAAGGACAUGUUGACAUGUGGGUAGGACACGAAGAUAAGGUGUUUCCUUUUGAGCUCGCUCGGUAUUUGUCCCGGCAGAUCCCAUGGAUUAGGUAUCAUGAGGUUGCUGAUGCUGGCCACCUGUUGAUCUAUAAAGAAACCAACUGCGAAGCCAUUUUUAGGGAACUCGUGUCGCCUUGA